AUGGACAAAAACGAAGAAACCGAAUACCCCGUCCACAUUAACUACAACGAAAAUGACUCAUCAGUCUCUCCCUUCAUCAGCCACCUCAUACCGGCUAUAAGACGAAAAGUGACCAGUUCAUUUUACGGGUUCACACUUUUAUUGGUGAUUUUCUCUAGGGACUACGCAUAUUCCGUGUCAUGCCUAGAGAAACUCGUGAAGGCUCUCGAAUCAUCGCGCAGUGAUGAGAACAGUUACGUGGUGGUUCCGGUGUUCUAUGGCGUAAGUCGAUUAGCUGUGAAACAACAAUUGGCGACGUUCAGUGAUGCCUUCACAGAGCACCGAAGGUCAUAUCCUGCGGAUCAGGUGACUAAAUGGCGACGUGCGCUAAAGGAAGCCGCGGAAUUCCUAGGCCAUGAGUAUAAUGAUGAAUCAAGUGAAGAAUCCGAAUUUCUGGAAAAGAUCGUUGAAUAUGUGUUUGAGAUACUCUAUCCUACAAAAGAGAUUGGGAUCUACAGCCGCCAAAUGGAAAUAGAAGACUUACUAUGCAAGCAAGCAUGGGGCCUUCGCACCCUAGGUAUCUUCGGUGAGCCUCACAUUGGCAAGACAGUACUGGCUAGAGCGGUCUUUGGCCGAAUGUUUGGAGGCUAUGAUGCUACUAUCUUUGUCAAAGAUUUCCACACCGAAUUUACUGAGAUGAGACUUGAGCCUUUGCCUAGUGAUUUCUUGUGUGGGACUCCGAUGGAAAAGUUUGACCUAAACGAUUCUGAUUCCGUGCCAUGCCAUCGCCAAAAGAGGGUUCUUGUUGUUCUAGAUGAUGUGCGAAUUGCUCAAGAUGCAAAGUCUUUUCUUGGAGCGGUUGAUCAGUUUGGUCCAGGGAGCUUGAUCAUCAUAACCUCAAGAGAUAAAACAGUUCUUGAGGAGUGCCAGAUGAAUGAAAUUUAUGAGCUUAAAGGUCUAAAUGAUGAAGACGCUCUGAAGCUUUUCACAAGGUGUGCCUUUGGGAAUGGAGUGAUAGAGCAGAAUCUUCUGGAUCUUUCAAUGAGAGUGAUUAAAUGUUCUGAUGGGAACCCAUCUUCUCUCAUUUCACAUGCCCAGGAGCUAAAGGGUAAGACUAUGAUCGAAAUGGAGUCAAUGUUGCUCAAGAUAUGUCAUGAUGUCCAAGACCGUCUCAAACUAUUUGAAGGGCCCCCAGUACACAUCGUCGAUGCAUGUGUUGACACUAUGAAGAACACAUCUUUUUGCUUGAUCUCCUAUGAAAAUGACUAUGAGCAUGGCGUUUUGGACACUAGAUAUCUAUCUGAGAAGCUCCAUCACAGUCACGUCUCUGAGUCUGUACCAAGUGCUCUAAGGGAUUCCCACUUAGAUCAUGAUCCUGCAGUGCAAACCUUGUCCCUAAACCCAUUUUUUAUAUACCAAGAAUUUGCUUGUCAAUUUCAGAAACUUAAAUUUUGGCGAUGGGGACGAUAUUAUAAGAGCUUCUCGAUGUUAAGGAGAAUCAAGCUUGGACAAUUAGUGACAUUGGUUGAAGUUGAAGAAAUUUCGGAAGCACGUCAACUUGAGCAUAUUGAUCUUCAAGAUUGCACAAGCCUGGAGAGCAUACUAGUCACUGAUAAGCUAGAACGUCUCCAAGUUCUUAAUCUUUCUGGUUGCAAUGGGAUCAAACGUUUUCCAAAUAUUGUACGAACCAUUAGAGAAUUGAAUCUUGAAGGGACAGGUGGAGAACUUCCUGCAUAUUACACUCAUCGAGAUGAUAAAAAUUUCCUAACCGUCAUUUUAAAGCUUGCAUCGUGGUUGACUCAAGAGUAUGGUGGCCAUCGUGAUUCGCCUAAGCACCAUAUCGAUUCCGUAUACCUCCUGAAUAAUAUGAACCAUCAAAUGAACCUUGACUCCUUGUUUCUCACAAAGAACUGGUAA